AUGGACACACCUAAAAUUACAGUUGUAAUUCGUAAAAGACCUUUGGGAAAGAAGGAAUUAAUUAGAGGAGAUCAGGAUAUUGUGUCAGUGCAAGAUUAGCAAACAGUCAUUUUGAGUGAAAUCAAGUAAAACAAUCUCGAAAACUUAGACAAAAAGUUGAUUUGACCAAAUAUAUUGAGCAACAUCACUUCAACUUUGAUCUAGCAUUCGAUGAAACCAUUGAUAACCAAGGUGUUUACCACUCAGCAGUAAGACCAAUAAUCUAGGCAGCAUUCAAUAAAGCGAAAUGCACAUGCUUUGCUUAUGGAUAAACGGGGAGUGGCAAAACAUACACAAUGCUUGGAGAUCCAGAUUAGGGAGUGCCUGGAUUAUACGUAAUGGCCAGUUAUGAUAUAUUUGCUAUGGUCUAAAAGGUAUCCAUUGAAUUAUGUUCUAAUUAGGUAGAGUAUCAACACUUAGUAAUUUCAAUUUCAUUUUAUGAGAUCUAUUGUGGCAAAUUAUUUGAUUUACUAAAUGAUAGAUCUCAAUUGGCUGCUCAAGAAGAUGCCAAAGGAAAUGUACAAAUUAAGGGGCUAAGCGAAAAAAAGAUCAACAAUGUCCAGUAAUUGAUGCAAAUCAUAUAAUAUGGAUAAAGUUCAAGAAUCACAUCCUCCAAUUCUGCUAAUUCAGAAUCAUCGAGGUCUCAUGCUAUACUAUAGAUUACUCUAAGAAAUAAUAAACAAAUUCAUGGGAAACUAUCCUUCAUCGACUUAGCAGGCAGUGAAAGAGGUGCUGAUGUUAGAGAUCAAGACAAGACCACCAGAGUUGAUGGAGCAGAAAUAAAUAAAUCAUUAUUAGCACUCAAAGAAUGCAUAAGAGCAUUGGAUCUAAAUAAAAAUCAUACUCCUUUCAGAGGCAGCAAAUUAACUCUGGUUUUAAAGGACAGUCUUGUAGGAAAUUGCAGAACAGUAAUGAUUGGGAACAUCUCUCCUAGCAGUGCCAACAGUGAACACACUCUCAAUACACUCAGAUAUGCAGAUAGAGUUAAAGAACUGAAAAAGCCCUAAGAUUAAAAGAAUAUUGACAAUCCUAAUAGGGAAUUAUUCCUAGCUCGAGGAGGUACACAAAUAUUGGAUUAAAUUAGACAAUAAUGUAAUUAGAAGAGAAUAUAAAAAUCCUGAUUCAGAUGACGAAGAAGAUUGUUCAACUAAUUUUGGUUAAUAGGGUAGUUAGGGUGUUUAUAAGGUAAAUAAUUCUAAAAAUGUUCUAUUGCCUCCAGUCAUUUAAGUUAGUCGAACAUAAUCUGCUCAUAACAAGUUAUCAUUAAAUGAAACUCCUUCUAAUAAAUACUAAAAUCCACUAAAUAAACUGUCUAAUGUAAGACAGUCAAACAAUACUCUACAAUAAUUGCCUCCUAAACCAUAGCCAUUGCCAUAACACUUAUCAUCUAUAAAUAAGGCUCCUCUUUUCCCUUCAUAUCAUAAUCAUAUACCUGACUCUUUGUUUCCUACUGACAAGACUCAAUCACUCUCUUCAUAGAAUUUGAAUCAGCCCUAUCCUCCUACUUAUAAUUUUUUUUAGAAUCCCAUUCCCCCAACCGAGAUCAAUAAUGGAUAUAUUGGAGAUGAUGACUUUUAAGACAAUUUACUACUUGAAGACGCUGACCCUGAAGCUGAGUAGAAGAAUAAAGAACUUACAAAUUAAUUCUUAGAAUUGGAUUCAAGAGUCUUGUAGGAAGAGGAUGAGAUAAUCAUUUCGCAUCGUAAUCAUAUUGAUGAUAUGGUUGAGACUUGUAAAUCAGUAAUAUUUAAUGGUUAUUAAGGAUAUGUGUUUGCUGAACUCUUUGGAUCAAAAGUUUGUCAAUUCCAAGGACUAUUUUCAACAAUUGAAAGAGAAUUUGAUGAUCAAGUAAAACAAGAUUGAGGAAUUCAUCAACAAAUUGAAUAUAUAUGAUUAACUCUUUGAAUAAGUAAUUAUUGUUGUUUAUUAAUAUAUAUAGCGAUCAUAAAUUGAAUGCGAAUUGCAAAAUGCGCAAAAAUAUAAUUAAAGGAAUGAAAAUUUUAAUUAAUUAAUAUAAUGA